AGUGAACGGCGAUAUCUACUUCUGGGCUCUAUGAAUCGAGGGACCCGUCCACAGCCCGCUUAAACAGCUGCAAUACCAGGCUAGGCCGCUGAGUACUGGUGGAUUGCGGAAGUAUGCACUGUUCCCGGGGGCUUCGAAUAAAUGAGCUACGACCAUAGGAGCGCGACAUUGUUUUUUCCUGGAGAGCCACAUCAUGGCUUGCAAACGAGCCAGGCAUGACAGUUGCUCUGUGUUUGGAUGUACAAAUGAACACAAAAAUAAUUUUUUUGUUCCUUCAACCGAGCCUCUGAAGAACCAGUGGGUUAAUUUUAUUUUCUCUGGAAAUGCGACAGUCUGCGCCAAACAUUUCACCGACGACUGCUUUCUCAACUUUGGCCAAUACAAAGCUGGACUUGCUAAGCGUCUAAAACUUAAGUCUAGAUCAGUACCAACCCUCCUUGGCUCAGCCUCAAACCUCGGACAAGCCAGCACAUCAAGUGAUUACAUUCAGCCGCUGAUCUCGAGGGAUAUUGCCUGCCAGACAGACCACCUGGGAGCACAUACUGUAGGCACUCAGCUAUCCUUACAGAAUUUGCGGCCCGACUUAAACAGUGACGAAGACGGUGAUGCCUUUGGAGAUCGCAGCACGCAGUGCGGCGCCACCUCGGAGAGUCUGCGUAUGGACGCCCCUGGCACCUACCACAGGGAGCUGAAGAUCCUGAGCGUCUAUGGAAAAGGGGAGGGCCCACUGGCGGUGGACGGCCAUGACACCCUCUUUACCACGUCAGAAAUGGAGGCCCUGAACUCGCUCUCUGCGGACCACUGCGUGGCCAAGAGCCUGGACCGCGGCGAGCGAUUGGUCUGCCGCAUGGAGCUGGGUAUGCAGCAGCAGCCCCCUGGCACCAUUUCAAUCAAGGUUGAAGAGGAUAUUAGUGGAGAAGACUGCGAUGCCUUUGGAGACCGUAGCACGCAGCGCGGCGCUGCCUCGGAGAGUCUGCGUGUGGACACCGCUGGCUCCUCCCACAUGUCCGGUCACGGCGAGGAACUGAAGAUCCUGAGCUUCUACGGAAAAGGGGAGGGCCCACCGGCAGUGGGUGGCCAUGACACCCUCUUCACAGCGUCCGAAGUGGAGACCCCGAGCUCACUGUUUGCGGACCACAGCGUGGCCACGGGCCUUCGGCGCAGUGAGCGUUUGGUCCGCCAUGAGGUGCUGAGUGUCCAGGGUCUUGAUGAGGAAGUGCCUCAGAAGGGUUCUGAGCCAACAUAUUCCUCAUCCCUAAUUGAUGAUAUUGAAGAGGAGCAGUUUUCUGGAGAUGAACUGCUUUCAGACCAGGACAGUGAUCCAGAAUCUGAAAUUAGCCAAAUAUACAAUGAUAAAUUAAUACCUGAGUCAGAUGAGGAUGAUGGCGAAGAUGCAGAUGCAAGCAUAGACUUCAUGCCUCAGUCGAAAGUAAAACCAGUAAUGCCUGAUGUUGGAGCAUCUAGAUCAGACACCAGUGUCCAAGAUGUGCCCAUGGUUCCCAGUGCUGCUGUUGCAUCUGAGUCAGGAGAUUCAAACCAGUCAGAGGAAAUGCCAGAAGCUGAACGACACAAACAAGAAGUAACAUUACAGAAUACGACUAUAAAAAAUUACUGUUACGUUUGUGGUAAGCCACAGAGUAAAAUCUCCCGUCACUUGAAAUUGCACAGGAAACAUGCUGAACUUGUUCAUGUGUUUUCCCUCCCUGAAAAAUCAAACGAGCGCAAGAUCCUAUUAGAAAAAAUUAGGAACAAGGGAAAUUUUAAACAUAAUACGACAGUUUUACAGGCUGGAGAAGGACCACUGAAAGUGAAACGACAACCGAAGGCUAACAUAAUGGCAGAAAAGUUUAUUCACUGCGUGUACUGUCAAGGUAUGUACAUUCGCAAGGAGCUUUGGAGACAUGUCCGCAGAUGCCCCUGUAAACCAGAAGGUUUGAAUGAAGAACCUGGUAGAACCAAAGUACUUGGUCUGGCUGCAGCACAAGAGUCUGCAUCCUGUCAGCAGAUCUCAUGUGGAGUGUGGAAGCUCCUUGGUGUCAUGAAGCAGGAUGAGGUUGCCAUAAUUGUGCGAAAUGACCUCUCAAUUAUUCAGUUUGCCCAGUCACUUUACAACAAACAUGGAAAGGACCCCACAAAGUAUGACUACAUUCGUCAGAAGCUCCGUGAAGUGGGGCGUUUUUUGUUGUGUCUGCACACAGAAUUCUCCAUACAUACCAUGGAGGAGGCUGUUAAACCUGCAAACUUCCAGAGAGUUAUGCGAGCAGUAAAGAAAGUGUCCGGUUUUGACGAAGAGACACACUCAUUCCUAACUCCAAGCCUUGCGCUGAAACUGGGACAUUCGCUGCAUAAAAUCUGUGACAUUAUUCAUUGUAGAGCACUCAUGGCAGAAGAUGAAGAUCGGAUCAGGUCCACUGACAUUUUCAAGAAGUUGUACACUUCCAAGUGGUCGGAGUUGGUUUCACACGGUGCCCUGAACACACUGAGUGAUGCCAAGUACCACAAGCCAUCAACAUUACACUUCACCGAAGAUGUCCAGAUCUUUCAUCGGUACCUUGACAAAUCUGCAGAAGAAGCCUUUGGCAACUUGAAAGAGGUGGCCACCUCCCAGAACUAUGCUCGACUUGCAAAAGUUACACUUGCACAAAUCAUUGUGUUUAAUCGGAGACGUGCUGGGGAGGUUUCAAAAAUUCUUCUCAAAAGUUUUCUUGAAAGGGACAACACAAAGCCUCAUGAAGAUGUUGCCAUGGGGUUGUCAAAGACUGAACAGAGGCUCUGCAACUAUUUCUGCCGUGUCGAAAUGAUGGAAAAAGGGGGCAGAAAGGUUGCAGUUCUGCUCACACAGAGCAUGGUGGAUGCUCUAUCACUACUUGCAAGUAACAGAACUGAAUCAGGUGUUUGUGCAACAAACCUCUUCCUUUUUGCAAGACCCAAAGCAAUGAGCCACUACAGAGGACACGACUGUUUGCGUGUUCAUGCAAGCCAGUGUGGCGCAAAGCACCCUGAGCACCUCAGGUCAACACAACUCAGGAAACAUGUCGCCACACUGUCCCGAGUCCUCAACUUAAAAAACAAUGAACUUGAUCAGGUUGCAGAUUUCUCGGGUCACGACAUCCGUGUUCACCGCGAUUUCUACAGAUUACCAGUUCCCACAACACAACUGGCCAAGAUUUCCAAACUGCUUCUAUCAAUGGAGAAAGGACAUCUUUCCGGCAUGCAGGGGAAAUCCCUGGAUGAGAUUGAAAUUGACGAUGAAAUGGUUUUAAGUGAUGCUGAGGCCAAUGACGGUGGGAGCAAAUAUGAUAGCAGUGACACCGCAGACCUGCCGUCGGAGUGUGUGACUGGCGAGCCUGUGGAGACUGCAUCGUGGUCUACAAUCACAGAGCAGCUCCACGACACUAAAUAUAUUGGAAAAGAUUCUGGCAAAGAACAUGGGUCCAGAAGAGCUAAAAAGAAAGUGUGGUCCAAGGUUGAGGUGGCUGCAGUAAUGCGGCAUUUCAAAGAUCCGAUACGUAAGGGAAUACCGGCUUCAAUAAAUGAGUGCCGUCACUGUAAGCAGGUAGAAGGUCCUGCAUUGACACACAGAACACUCCAAAAUAUAAGGGAUUUUGUGAGAAACCGCGGAAUAGCUGCAAAGAGGCAGGCUCCUAAACCAACAGACACCGAUCAUUGAUCUUUUAUUAACGUUUGAUAAAAUUUUUAUUCUAGCAGGAAAGCAAAAAAAAAAAGAGUUUUGGCCCGUGUUAUCUGACAAGAUGUUUGGGGCUUAGAAUCACUGUUUAAUUGUAUGUUUCUUUAUCUACUUGCUUUGUUUUGUGGUUAAAUAUACUGUUGUGGAAUAACUUUUGUACCGCAACCAUAUAUUAAUUUGGCUUUAAGUAAGAUAAUGAGACUUGAUUUUAAGUUAUUCAAAGUCAUGGGACUUUAUUUGUGACGGGUUGUUGGCCAUCCACACCAAAUUAUUUUGACAUUCAUUUUUUGCUUUAGUAUUUAAAGUACUUUUUUGGGAAUAAAGUGACCGUUCCAGUAA